CCAACCCCAACCACGUCAAAACCCAGAUUGUGUUUGCAUUGAGUUGUGCUGUUCCUUCCUCCUGUUGUCUGUCUCUUAACAAAUCAAUUCAUUUCCGCCGUCGUCGUCUCCGCCGCUGAGAGCGAUGUCUUCCGUCGAAACGGAGAUUGAGCCACUCACGUCGGGGGCGAGCAACCGCAUAAUUCCGCUUCUUAAAGCCCUCAGAGCCUCCCUCAUCUUCGUCUACACCUUCUUCCUUUCCUUCCUCCUGUUUAUUCUCCCUCGCCGGCGCCGCCUCUCCACCGCGGCUGAGCCGCCGCCUUCGCCAAAGAAGCAUUUGAGGCGGCGGUGGCUCGUGCGCGAGGAGGAGGACACGUGCCGCAGAAGGGCGCUGGCGCAGGACGUGGGAAUGGGUCGCGACGGAGGGUGGUACCGCUGGAGCACUUCCAUCUUCUAUGGGGUUCGAAACAACGCUCUGUUUUGCCGGUCCUGGUUCCCGGUUGCCGGUGAUGUUAAGGGCAUUCUGAUCAUCAUUCACGGGCUCAAUGAACACGGUGGAAGAUAUGCGGACUUUGCAAGGCUAUUAACAUCAUGCAACUUUGGUGUCUAUGCAAUGGACUGGAUAGGUCAUGGAGGCAGUGAUGGAUUGCAUGGUUAUGUUCCAUCUCUUGAUCAUGUGGUUGCAGAUACGGGGGCUUUCCUGGAAAAGAUUAGAUCAGAGAAUCCUGGGAUACCAUGCUUUCUCUUUGGUCACUCCACUGGGGGAGCUGUGGUCUUGAAAGCGGCUUCCCAUCCUCAUAUUGAAGUAAUGGUGGAAGGAAUUAUAUUAACCUCACCAGCUUUACGUGUGAAGCCAGCUCAUCCUAUUGUUGGUGCUGUGGCUCCAAUUUUUUCUCUGGUAGCUCCAAGAUUCCAAUUCAAAGGAGCAAACAAAAGGGGCAUUCCAGUUUCGAGGGAUCCAGCAGCUUUGUUGGCAAAGUACUCUGAUCCUUUGGUCUACACAGGACCUAUAAGGGUCCGAACUGGCCAUGAAAUAUUGCGGAUAUCCUCGUACUUGAUGCGAAACUUCAACUCUGUGACUGUGCCAUUCUUUGUCCUCCAUGGAACUGCUGAUAAGGUGACUGAUCCACUGGCCUCACAAGAUCUAUAUGAUAAGGCAGCUUCAAAGUUCAAAGACAUAAAGCUUUACGAUGGCUUCUUGCACGACCUUCUGUUUGAGCCUGAGCGUGAAGAGAUAGCUCAGGACAUUAUCAACUGGAUGGAGAAAAGAUUAUUUACUAUUUGAAAAUGUAAAAAAAAGUAAAAUAAAAGGGGGGGGAGGGGGGGGGGGGGGGGGGGGGGGGUUAAAAGGAAAGGAAAGACCCAAGGGAAGAAAAAGGGAUGCCAUGUUUGUAAGUGUAGAAAAUUGAAGUCGCCCUGGGAAAUGGGGAGGAGGCGGAUGCUGAUAGGUUUAUUCUUCUUUCAUUUUAGGGUGUUGGAUAUAUAUGUAUUGUGUGAAGAUCUUUGUUUUAUCAAGAAACUUGUACAUUUAAUAGACUUAAAUCUCAGUAGUGUUUUCAUAUCUCCA